AUGAGUAUUGAGUCACUGCCCAUUCAAUUCUACGCCAAGCGCCCAUACAACAUGAACACUAGCGUUCGCCAAAAUCCUUUUUCAGAAGCCCAUAUGGGCAUUACGAAAUGUUUUUGCGGAAAAUUGACGGUGGAAAAUCACGAUUUCUGCUUCUGCUCUCCGGAGUGUGCUCGUGCGGAUGCCUUAACUGCUCUCGGGGGAGAAGAUUCCCACUAUCGGAAAGUCGUACGGAAGGCGUAUGUCAGCUGUGGUGCUAUUCCGCCUGUCAUAUACAGGCGCAAGGCAGGGGAGAAAACUCCGAUUACGAAGCAUGUCACAGCCCUCCCCAUCCCUCCGAGUCAACCUGCCAAUCCAGCGCAUCAACAAAAUAUAGGUGGCCAGGAUGGUUGGUCUGCCAAAAAAGAAAAAGUGUUCCCUACGCUGGCUCAAGUGACGACCGCCGUUCUUGCUCGAAAGGCAAAGCAGGGAGGCGAAGCAGCAGCGGUCAAGACUUCGGUAAAAAUUCCCCAAGUCGCCGCUCAGAUAUCCCUCGAUGCGCUUCCCGUCCCCUCUCCCCCACCUAUCCAACGAACUAGGCCAGGGCUUGAUCGGGGCGCUCAUAAAUCACCGUUGACACAAUUGCGUAGUGCGCCACGGCAAAUUAUGCCACUAAGAGUCGAUGACAAAUCUGCUGGCCUCAGAAGUCAACCAUCGAUCCUUCGUCCGGUAGCCGAGGAAAGAGGGAGGAGGAACGGCGAUGAUGCUCCUCUUCCUCGAAAGCUUGAUCUUCGCGCAGAAGAAAGGCCAAUGUACCCACGCCUUCAACGACCAGUCCUUCCAAACACGACCACUGCAAUUCGCCCUCCGGAUAGCCUUCGCCGCUCGGCUUCAUUCGCAGGUUGGCACAGCCCAGCUGAACAUCGCGAUCAUGUCUCAGAGGAGGGCGAAUCUCUUGAGGAAUUAUACAACCAACUUAGGGAUAUCCGAGGUUGGAUUAAGGGAUGGGAUGGAACGCUAGACUCCAACAAGAGGGGUGUGAUGGAAUAA